CCGCGCACCGUGACGCCGGCGGCGCGCCGGCGGGCGGGCGUUGCCAUGGAGGCGGCGGACGAGUGGCUGCUGCAGUCGCUGCGGCUGUACCGCGACCUGCACACCUUCGAGCUCCAGGCGCCCACCCGCCUCAUCGAAUGGGCCCGCGGGGACCGUGUCUGUGUGGCCGGGUAUGGACAGUCUGAUGGGAACGAGAUCCUGCAGCUGAUCCCACCGCCAACGCUGCUGACAAAGGAGACCCAGGGCCUGUGUCCAGAGAGAGAUUUCAAGGUAGAAUGUGGUGGAUUUUCAGAGCGCCCAGUGUACAGCCUGAAAUAUGUGCCAGACACCAGCUUGCUGGUAACAAGCGGCCCACCCGACAGCUCCCUCCAGGUCUGGCAGGUGUCAGCAGAGGACUCUGAUGUUAUUAAAUCUGUGAACACCAUAGCAACAGAACAUGGCACUGGGCAAUCCUGGGCUAAAAUUGCCACCAUUUCAGCCAGAGCCCCAUGGGUCCUUCAUGGCUCAAGACUUGACAGAGUCCAAAUUACAGAGGUCGAAUCAAGGAAAAAUGUCUACACAGCAGGUAUUCAAGCUUCCCGAGGCAGCGAGGAGCUCAGCAGCCUGGCCUUCCUGGACUGCAGCACGCUGCUUCUGUGCUGUGCCACGGGCCGGCUGUGCCUGGCCGACACGCGGCAGCCGCAGGGUGUCACGGAGGCCGUGCCGGUGCCCUCGGCGCCGUGCGCUGAGCGGUGGUGCAUGGCCACCAGGCAUGGAGCGCAGGGCCUGGAGCCCAGCUCCCAGCCCGUGGCUCGCCUCUCGAGCGGGGGGCUCCUCACCCUGACAGACCUCAGGAAAACCUCUGAGGUCCUGGCUUCGGCCAAGGCCAGAGUCCCCUCUCCUGGAUCAGGUGCGGAGUUCCUGUGUGUCUCCUGGGCUCCGGCUCUGGAAGGCUACCUUGCCAUUUCAGGUUUUGAUGGCACCGUGCAUGUAUAUGACACACAGAGCUGGGACAGUUCUGGCAGGGAAGCAGAGCCCAUCUUCGUUCACAAAGGCCACACAUUUGGUGGAGCAGGUGGCAGCAGGGACCCUCCCCUGGUCACUGUGCACACAUGGCAUCUGCAGAAACCCAGAACUUUGUUGUCAGCAGCGAGUGAUGGUUCCUUGCACGUCUGGGACUGGGUUCAGCCCUGUGGGAAGUGUGGGUAGGUGGUGUUUUGGUGAGAUGGGGCAUUUCCUGCCUCUGGUGUCAUUUUUGUGGGUUGCAGUGUGUGUGUGUUUGCCUGCAGAUACUGUUUGGAGACUGUUGCAGUGAGCAGAACAACUGUAAAAUUUCUAUUUUAAUAAUAGUAAAAAUUUUGUCUGUGUUA